AUGAGUACACACGAAGCCUUACUGCCUAUUCUCGCCAUGUCUGGAGCAUGGAAGAGGCUCCGACUGACUGGCGAUGAGAAACUGCCGCGAUUGCUGGUUAGAUAUGUCUCCACGGCCAAAGGUUACGACAUCUAUGCCACGGACCUGGUCUACGUCUGGUCGGAACGGCUGGGUUUCAAGGAGAUUCUACAGCGAGCAGAGGAAGAAGAGACAACGAUUGAUCCCAAUGAAGACCCAGAGCAAUUUGAUGUUCUCCUGCAGAAGAUCGGAGAGGCAUUGGACGGGCGUUCAGGAAGCAGUGUGAGACUUGGUAAGGGGCUAGAAGGAGCAGACGCUCUGACUGCACACAUCUCGGUCAGGCUGCCUGCUCCAUUACAGCCGCUACAGUGGACUACUCAUCUGUCUAGGCAGCCCCCGGAGUCGACCGUAAACCAUCUGCUUCUCCCGCUGUUGAGGGAAGAAUCCGAUCGAGAGUCGCAGCAGCAAUUUCUUCUUGAUCAGAUCAAACACAAGGACUGGGCUCUUGGCAAGCUACUUGGCAAGAUCGAUUCCAUGGGAGUGGAUCUUGCCACUGUUUUCCCCAAUAUCGCAGGGUUGCGAGCUGUCCGGAAGGAUGGUGACGGCAAUACCCUAGCUCAUGCGGCUAAGUUUAUCAAGGGAGCUGCGCCAUUUGACGAGAAAAAAUGGCUGGAUGAGGCUGGAGCCCGAUCAUCGGAGGCCGAGUUGGCUACUACUCUACGGGCAGAGCUAUACAAUAGUGCAAAAGGGAUUGAAACAUCGGUGUCUGUACCGGAUAGGUGGUGGGAAAGUCUGACCACAGAAAGCUUAGCCCCCCCAGCCCUUCCAGCGGUUCAGUCUCCGACAAUCCAGCAUCAGCAGAAGCGCUUUGACCAGGCUGAAGAGGAAACGGCCAGUGAAUCAGAAAAUGAGACCGGUGAAUUUGAGCGACAAGAAAUGCCACCAGAAUCGAAACAAAGGGAGGGCAUCGAAGAGGAUGCCCCCAAGCCACAACGCAAGAUUGGCGUUAUUGGCGGCAAAAAACCGGUUCAAAGCGUUUCUGCCAAGCCGUCCCCUCAAGAGGAGAUGGAUAAAGAGACCGAAUCCGAAUCCGACCAGGGACAGGCGAAGAAGGUUCCCACAGGUACCUCUCCUGCAGCAGCGCCAAAAGCCCGCGUUCUGGGCGCCAUUGGUGGCAAGACAAGGACAAGGACCAUCAAGAAGCCAUCACCUCUAGAUACACCGGAGACCGCACCAGAACACACUGCCGUACCAGCGCAAGCAGAGAGAAAGGCGGAGAAGAGCACGGGGAAGAAACUAGGUGUCAUCGGUGGGAAGAAGCAGGCUCCGUCGGAUUUCACAGCGCAAGACCAUCAUCAACCAGUCACAUCGAAGCAGGAAACCGCAGUACAAGAACCUGCAGUACCAGAAGAGACGGAGGAGACGGAGGAAGCCAGGGCAGAAAGAAGACGCGAAGAGCUUAAGCGACGACUCGAAGCGAAGAGCAAAGCACCGACGAAGAAGAAGCGAAGAUUCUAG